GGUCCCGGUUCAAGAUGGCGGCGGGACCGCGGCAACGAGGAGCGCGGCCGUUAUAGAGGCCGCGGCGGCGGCGGGAGGGAGCCGCACGGCCCAGCCAGGCAUAGGGUCUUCUUUAUUGUUAUUAUUUGAGAAAGAAGAAAAAGGUCAAGAUGGGGCGGAGAUCUACAUCAUCCACCAAGAGUGGGAAGUUCAUGAAUCCCACAGAUCAGGCCCGUAAAGAAGCUCGGAAAAGGGAACUAAAGAAGAACAAAAAGCAACGGAUGAUGGUACGAGCAGCUGUACUAAAGAUGAAAGAUCCAAAGCAGAUUAUCCGGGACAUGGAGAAAUUGGAUGAGAUGGAGUUUAACCCUGUACAACAGCCACAACUUAAUGAAAAAGUGUUAAAGGAUAAACGCAAAAAACUACGUGAGACUUUUGAACGUAUCUUGCGGCUCUAUGAGAAGGAGAAUCCUGAUAUCUAUAAAGAGCUGCGCAAGUUGGAAGUGGAGUACGAGCAGAAGAGAUCACAGCUCAGCCAGUAUUUUGAUGCUGUCAAGAAUGCUCAGCACGUUGAAGUGGAAAGUAUCCCUUUACCAGAUAUGCCUCAUGCACCCUCCAACAUCCUCAUACAGGACAUUCCCCUUCCUGGGGCCCAACCACCUUCUAUUCUCAAGAAGACAUCAGCCUAUGGGCCACCAGUUAGAUCCAUUUCUGUGCUUCCACCUCCUGGGCUUGGUGUUCCACGUUUACCUCCAGGCAGGAAGCCCCCUGGACCUCCUCCAGGGCCACCCCCACCUCAAGUCCUACAGAUGUAUGGGCGUAAGGUGGGUUUCACCUUGGAGAUGGCUCCUCGAAGGCGAGAAGAAGAUACUUCUUACAGUUCUGAAGCAGGACAGCGAGGUCAUGAUGAUGAUAUCUCCAGUACUAGUGAAGAUGAAGGCUAUCCUGAGGAUAUGGAUCAAGACAAGCACGAUGAGAGCAGUGAUGACAGUGACAGCGAUAGGUCAGAUGCAGAUAGUGAAGCCGAGGAUUUCCUGCAUCGUGAUAAUGACAAGGAGAGGGAAGGUGGCGAAGAGAAGAAAUCAGGUCAUAGUGUACGGUUUGCAGACAUGCCUGGGAAAUCACGAAAAAAGAAAAAGAACAUGAAAGAGUUGACUCCACUCCAGGCCAUGAUGUUGCGAAUGGCAGGUCAGGAAAUCCCAGAGGAAGGGAGAGAAGUGGAGGAAUAUUCAGAAGAGGAGGAGGAGGAAGAGGAAGAUUCGGAGUCUGAAGAAACAUCACAACAACAACAACACAGUGAGGAAGCUCUUGCAGAGACUGGAUCUUCUACUGCAACCUCCCAGGCACAACAGCAGCAACCUCCUCCACAACCUGUUCCUCCAACUCAGAUACAGGCACCUCCUAUGCCUGGGCCACCUCCUCUAGGGCCACCUCCGGCCCCUCCACUGAGACCCCCAGGCCCACCCACCGGCCUUCCUCCUGGGCCUCCACCAGGAGCUCCUCCAUUCCUGAGACCUCCUGGGUUGCCAGGAUUGCGUGGGCCUUUACCUCGACUUCUACCGCCAGGCCCUCCUCCUGGGCGGCCCCCUGGCCCUCCCCCUGGCCCUCCGCCAGGUCUGCCCCCAGGUCCUCCUCCACGUGGGCCCCCUCCUCGUCUGCCACCUCCUGCCCCACCAGGUAUCCCUCCUCCUCGCCCGGGCAUGUUACGGCCACCUUUGGUGCCUCCAUUAGGACCUGCCCCGCCUGGGCUUUUCCCACCAGCUCCUAUUCCAAAUCCUGGGGUACUGAGUGCCCCACCCAGCUUGAUUCAGCGUCCCAAGGCGGAUGACACCAGUGCGGCCACCAUUGAGAAGAAAGCUACAGCCACGAUCAGUGCCAAGCCACAGAUCACUAACCCCAAGGCAGAGAUCACUCGCUUUGUGCCCACUGCCUUGCGAGUGCGCCGGGAGAAUAAAGGAGCUUCAGCUGCCUCCCAGAGAAAAGCAGAUGAUGAGCCUACUCUCCAGUUAACUAAAGCAGCCCCUAAGGCUGGUUCGUCUGCCCCUAUCUCUGUACAGACAAAGGAUGAUGUGUAUGAAGCCUUCAUGAAGGAAAUGGAAGGUCUCCUGUGACCUGUCAUAGUCCUAGUCAGCUUUCCUGCUCUCUAAACAGAGAUCAGACUCCUGCAGAGGGAGGAGAAGAAAAGGACCUCCUGCAAGCAGUGAGAGGGCUCUCAUGACAGGGUAUACUUCCCUACCCACAGGUUAACUUACCAGUUUGCUCUGAAUAAAGACCAUGGCAGAUGAGGAGUGACAGGACCUCGUUUCAGAGCUAGCAUGUCCACUUAGUGGAAGGAAAUUGCAGUCUAGAAGGUGAUGCUGCUUUCCUUGAGUCUUUCCCCUUCCUUGGUGAGAGGUAGUGGUACUCUGAGGGAGUAUGAUAAUGCUCUGACUGAAAACCUUUCACUUCAUGAAUGCUCUGGUGAGGGUAGUGGAGCAAAUUUUUAAGGAGCCAGAAAAAAUGUUAGCAGGAUUUCAUACACACACAUGGUUGUCAAGUUUUUAUUUUCUGUACUGUUUUUUUCUGUAAAUAUUUUAUAAUCCUGUCGCUUUUUUAGUUGCAGUGAGAUUGAUCAAUCAUUUUUUCUUCCAGGGUAGUCAGGGAGGUAACUUGUUGCAUAUACUGUACACUGGAAUUUUGCACCCUGUCCCCUUUACAGUCAUCUUGAUGGCUUUUAACUGACAGGGGAAAUUUCAUUUUGUCUUGUGAAAGACAAUAAAUGUUCAGUGUAUCAAAA